GGCAAUAGGCGCAAGGGUAAAAGAGAGAAGGAAAGAAGACGAUGAAUAACGUCAUCGAUGUGCUAGAGCGAACGCCGUGCGAGUUGCAGCUCCAAAGUGCCACAAACAACUGCAGCAGCUGAGUAGAGCGUAUUUUUUGGUUGUUCUCUCGAUUGAAACAACGCCGAGAGAUCGAGCACCGGUGGCAACAAUGACUACGUGAAUUCGAGAUAACUGUCCACCAUUUUUUUAUUUUUCGUUUGGCGGACUUUUAUUAUUUCCGUAAGAAGAUGCCUGAUAACGAGGAAGACAACUUCUGCAAGAAGAUGCGAAAGACCACCAGAGAAAUCCAUGCGAUUAGCGAUGCCCUAGUCAACGCCAAAUUAGCUUUCGGUUUUAUGGACGACAAAGUAUGGGCGGAUGGUCUUUUAGUUUUCUAUGAAGUUUUUCGUUAUUUAGAAGGUGCCAUGCUAAGAUUGAAAAAUACCAAAGUAGGACAGUUACGAAUUGAAGGGCUUCAGAGAACUGAGGCAUUUGAAAAAGACUUGGAAUUUUAUUUAGGAAAAGGUUGGAUGAAAAAUUACACGCCAAGGGAAAGUGUAGCUAGGUAUUUAAUGAGACUUAGAGAAGUAGAAGACACAGAUCCUUUAUUGCUAAUGGCAUAUAUUUAUCAUCUCUACAUGGGUCUACUCAGUGGUGGGAUCAUUCUUAGAAAAAAAAGGGCUCUUGUACAAAAAAUUAGCCCUUUUAAAGAUACAUUAAGUGGUGGAAACAAUCUCACAGACUUUGGUGAAUAUAAUAUUUAUGAAUUAAAACGUGAAUUGCGCAAUACGAUGAAUAGAAUCGCAGACACUUUAGAUGAAGAAACAAAAAAUAAACUACUCGAAGAAAGUAAAACUGUUUAUAUGUUAAAUAAUGAGAUUAUUAGAAGUGUCAAAGGCGCAGGCACUGUGAUCAUCAAAAAAAUUGGGUAUUUUUUUAUGGCUCUUGUCUUUAUCAUCAUUGUCUUCUUCAACUUUAGACAGUAA